AUGGCGGAUUAUUUGUUCAUCCUGUUGCAGAUGACAUCACUAAACACAAUUCAUCAAUUGAAACUGAAGAUUUACCAGAAAACGGGUCAGCUUCCGAACGAUCAGCUUAUUUAUAUGAAAGAAAGAUUACUCAACGAUUCGGAUACAUUUGAAGAAGCGCGAGUCGAUCCUCAGGAACUCAUCGAAACGCCUUUGACAUUAAUCGUGCAGCAGCCGACAGACAUUCCAACCGAACCACGACAACUGGAACGUGGUUUUGCGGACACCGCCUUGUCACAUAGCUAA